AUGGGAAUGACUUCGUCAGAAAAUCUCGCACAAAGUCAUAGUCAGCCACAGGGACAACUCUAUGAUCCCGAGUCAGCAACAGGUCUUCCUGCACCGUCCAAAAAUAAAUCGAGAAAGUCGACCCGAGAACGUCUACGCCUGGACACUUCCAUUCUGGCCCCAUCUCCUAGACUGAGCAACAUCCCUUCUCCUCAAAAGCACAUGUCCAGCCCCAGACACCGCUUCGCCGGACUGGGCUCGUUUGUUCCCCCACCGCCACCUUCUUGGGCUUCGAUCUGGCCGACCGAGAGUGGGUGGACUGGGCCUGGAGGAGAGCCCAGUAUUCGUGAUGAAGAUUUUGGAUCAGAUUCGGGAGAGGAUUGUGACGAAAAGAAACCCAGGACGGAUUCAUCCGGGGACGAUUUUGACCCAGAAAACCUACGACUAGAUCACUCGGAUGGGGAGGACGAGGGCGAUUCCAAAGUACAAUAUGCCAUGGAUAAACGGACAAGGAACGGCACACCUGAACCAUUCAGGUUAACUCCGAUGGCACUACAGGGCAAUGGAAACCCCCGGGGGAGCAUGGACGACGUGAGCACGCCCUUGUCCGAGGGGAUUACAUCUCAAUUCCCCAUGUCAUCUCCCCGUACUAUCCCAGUGGAAUUAAAAUCCCCUACUCUCGAUCUUCAGGACGACUUUACUACCCAUACAGACCAAGGCCAAUCUCUUGCCCGCACAGCAACCGGGCGAUUAACGCUUGCAUUCGGAUCCAAGUCUACGCUCUCGGAGAAGGCUCAACGCUCGAAUACGAAGUCGUCGUCUCGCUCGGGCAGGACAACCCGAUCGAGUCCUUCCAAGACACAUAGUCGUAAUGCAUCAUCAACUCAUUUAUCCGUUGCCCGUUCGGGCACUCGGGUGACCCGCUCAAGCACUGUGCGCACCGAAAGGAGUGAUUGGACCGACCCUCCUGAAACUCCCGUCUCGACUAUCAGCGGUCAUGUCAUGUCCGCUCUCACAGGGCACGUAACCACCCCCUUGCUGCGUAGUAUGGAUUCGUUGAGAAGGGCUGGGUCCGAAUAUUUUAGGCAACGCGGGAAUGACGGCGGCGCUCCGGAGCCGCCGAUGCCUAGUCUCCCUGUUUCUGGGGUGCCUCAUCCCUCGGGAUCAAGCCCGAGGUCUGUUUCUGUGAGAAAGCUGCCUGAUGUACCACCCGUUCCUCCCAUCCCUCAACGGUAUGCAACCGAGCCCCGGCCACUACCGGUCCCUGAACCUCUCAGUUCUCUACUUCCGGCGCCCCCCAUUCCACGAUCAGCGUCUCUAAAGGUGGACCUCGAUGAAAAGGAGAGUGCACCCACUCAUCCUCUAUCGAUGGGAGCCACCCCAUCAGGUAUACGACCACUUCCUGUUCUUCCUGUCACCCAAUGA